CACUACCCCAUCCCGGCGUACACUAUCCCGAGGGGAGGGGGCACCGACGGGUGCACCGGCAGACAGAUUUCCGAUUUGAGGCGUUCCGUGAAAUGUUUCGCGUACGACAAUCUUUGCCAAGGUUUGCUGAGCCCCUACACGGGGGAGAUAUAUAGUCCGGAGCAUGAACUCAUAUCUUCUAUUCACAUCCGUCUUUGGUCCCAAUUCUCAUCAUGCACACCGAAGAGAAGCUCUUAGACGAGACCGUUUCCCUCGAGAAGGCUGAGGCCAUCCAGGGUGAGACGUCGAACGUCCCUGAGGAGCAAGUCCUCGAGACUAGAUAUGCUUCUCUGGGAAGAUGGGAGGCCGCCAAAGUCUUUUGGAAAGCCAUGCUGUAUUGUCUGAUCCUGAAUUGGGCGGCACUGAACGAUGGCUUCCAGCAACAAGUCCCAGGAAAUGUCAUCCCGAUGCCGGCCUUUGUGGCUCAGAUGGCGGAUACCUUCAUCGAUGGCAAACCUGCAGUGUCUGCCAAAGUUAUCUCAUUCUGGCAGGGCUUCGCUGAGAUGACAAAAACCAUUGGCAUGUUUGCCGGAGGAUACUUUGCAAAUCGAUUUGGUCGAAAACGCGCAUUUAUCGGUGCUGUGGCUGUCCUCCUCGCCGGAUCCAUCGCUGAGAUGACCGUUCAAAAUUGGCAAGGCUGGCUAGGAGCAGCCAUGCUCAUCCGAUUGGGUGUCGGUCUCGCUCAAGCUAUCUUGGUCACAUAUGUUUCCGAACUUGCUCCUUUCCAGAUCAGAGGGUUCAUGAUAGGGUCCUACCAAUUAUGUCUCGGUUUCGGACAACUCAUCAGCUCGGGGGCAACUCAGAUCAUCGUAAAGGCUACGCCCGACAAGUGGAGACCCAUCGUCGCCACGGAAUUCAUCUUCACCGGAAUCCUCGUGAUCCUUGUCUGGUUGCUUCCCGAAUCGCACAUUUAUCACGCUCGAAAGGGAAACCACGAAGCUGCGAAACGAUCUAUGCAGCAGCUGUACGGUACAGCUCCGGGUUAUGAUGUCGACUACGAGUACGAGGUCGUCAAACAUGGAAUUGAAGCCGAGAAGGAAUGGAGUGACGCCUCGAAGAGUUCGUCAUUCUUUGAAAUCUUCCAAGGAUUAAAUUGGCGACGAGCACUCGCUGGAUGCGUCGGAAUCUGCUCUCAGUGGGCGGCAGGGGCGCCCAUCGUCUUUGGUUACAGCACAUAUUUCUUCCAGGUCGCCGGCCUCGGUACGGACCCAUUCCUUAUCACCAUCAUCACUUUAAUACUGCUCAUCAUCUCAAUCUCCUGUUCCCUGAUCGCGUGCGAAUACGUUGGUCGUCGCCCACUUCUCGUCGGUGGUUGUUUCAUGAUGCUGCUUUUCAACGUUGCUCUGGCUUCUACUGGCUUCGCAUCUGGCCCAGGCGCUGGGAAGGCAGCUGUUGCUUGUCUCCUGCUCUGGGUGCUAUGUUAUGGGGCGUCAGCCGGUCCCAUCGGAUUCGUGGCAGCUGGUGAAACCUCUACGCCUCGACUUCGUGCCCAGACAACUUCCUUCAACCUUGGUUGCUACGGACUCGGAUUCGUUGUCUUCCAAUGGAGCGUCUCGUACAUGAUCUCGCCAGAUGCUGGAAACAUGGGAGUCAAGGCCAUCUACGUAUGGGCUGGUAUGCUGGUCCCCACUGUCAUCCUCCUCUAUCUCUUCUACCCUGAAACCUACGGACGAACUUACUGGGAGUUGGACGAGCUUUACGAAAGGAGAAUCCCAGCUUGGAAAUUCGCUUCUACCCAAACAUCUGCACAGCGAUCUGGCUUGAAGAAUAGAGCUGUUCCCAUAUCUGUAGGUCACUAG